AGCUACUCAUAGGUGACACGUAACUCAUACUAAAGGAAUCCUGUAGGCCUCGCGAAAAUAUAUACAGGAACUUCUUGCAAGUCCUUUCCGAAAUCAGCUGCAGUGGAAGUUUAGUCUUGUUUAAGUGCAAUACGUUGUCGUGGUUAUUUGGACAAGGGGGCGAUUGGCAAUUAUAAAUUCUGUAAUCCGAGAUCCCAUUAUCUAAUGAAGACCACUGGUCAAACUUUGGCAAGCGGGCUGAGCGACAACUUAAUAGCCUACCUAGCAGGAUACAUACAGAUGCUGUUGUAAACGAAGGAAGUGUGACAGGACUACACGAUUGUUUACGUUUAUUUGCUCAAACACAAAUUGGGCUAGCCUAUGCUUUAGCAUACGAUUAGCUUGCAUGUAAGAAUUGCAUUACACAUGUAUUUACUCUAUUCGUUCGUUCCGUAAAUUAUUCGGCUGAUGCAUUUGUGAAACUGAUCCAGGAAAGAAAGCCUGGCGUAAAAGUUUGCAGGAGUUUGAAUUGGAAGUCUUAAGCCUGUUCGCACGGCCAGUGUGAAGAAGCAAUUAAAUAUGGGCAACGGAAUUUGUUCCAGAAAACAGAAAAAGAUUUUCCAGUUAUUGUUACUACUGACUAUGACUUUCGGAUUAAUAUAUGGGGCAUUUUUUUCCUACGACAUACACAAACAGCUGAAGAGAACAGAGACGAUGGCAGUCAAGUACCAGCAGCAUCAGGAAUCGCUUUCGGCGCAGCUCCAAGUGGUGUAUGAACACAGGUCGAGACUGGAGAAGUCCCUGCAGAAGGAGAGACUGGAGAAUAAGAAGACCAAAGAAGAUCACCUUGUAUACAAACUGGAAGCACAACAAACACUGAACAAGGAGAAGCAAGAUUCCGGCAACAGAUUGAAUUCAUUGCAUGUGCAGCACCAGAUGCUCAAGAACCAGCACGAGGACCUGAAAAAGCAGCUCUUCAGCCUCCAGGAUCAGCACCAGUCCUUGAAGGAGAAUCAUAUCAAGGUUCUGGAUGAGCACAGACAGAAUCAGGACCAGCUGCAGCAGACCAAUGAACUGGCCAUCUCCAAACUAAAAGAAACAGUAUAUAACCUGCAGGAGGAGAACAGACAGCUCAGGAAGGCCCACCAGGAUGUUCACGUCCAGCUGCAGGAUGUCAGGCAACAGCACAAGGACUUAAAGUCGUCACAUGAGCGACUUGCACUGACGUUACAGGACCACAAGAGUGCGCUGGCGACUGCACAGUUCCAAGUAGAGGAGUAUAAGCAGCUGAAGGAGACUCUGAACAGGAUGCCCAGUCUACGGCACGUGGGUCAAAAUCCAGCCCCGCCCGCACCCGCCCAAGUGGAGCCCCAGCCCCAGGUGGAGGAGGGACAAGGGCACCCCCCGGAAGCGGCUGGGGAGCUGAACCCGCAGCUGGUGGUGCCCCAGCACGCAGCGCAUGCGGAUAUCCAGGUCAUCCAGGGGCCGGGGCCCGAGCAGGGCAGGGCGGUGGGCGGGAGACAGGAAGAGGAGCGGAGGAGGGAGCUGGCGGAGGAGGAGAUGGAGCAGGCGGGGCAGCCCCAGCGCCUGGUGGAGUCAGAGCAGCAGCAGCAGCAGCAGCAGGAGGGCGGACACAACCAGCCUGACGAGAACGCGCUGGACCGCGACAAGGUGCACGAUGCGCUGAGGCCGCAGCUGGACGUGCGCCCGGGGCCCGCUGCGCCGGCGGAGCGGGUGAAGUCCGCGUACGAACAGCAGCAGGAGCAGCAGCGGCUGGCUGCUCAGCUGGCGGAGGAGCGCAGGCAACUGCACAUGCGGCAGGAGGCCCUGCAGAAACAGCGGCUGCAGGCGCAGCGGGACAGGGAACUGCUCCUGCGGGCGCAGCGCGAGAGGGAGAUGCAGCAGCACCGCGAGGCCAACCGCAAGGAGCAGCUCCUCCGAGAGCAGCAGCUCAGACAGAAGUUUCAGUAUGAGAAUAUUGACACAGGCAUCGUUCAAGGUGAGGAAGACUGGAAGAAGGAAGCAGAAAUGAGGAAGCUGAAGGAAGGGGUGGAGAAACCACAGGAAGUGGGCCGUCUAAGACAUCGUGAGGGGAACCUGGUGGAGAAGGACCUGAAUCCUGAGGAUGACCCAAACAAUCAGGGCGAGGACGAGUUUGAGGAGGCUCAGGAGCAUCGCGGGGAGGCGGGGCCGCCCGCCGGCCGUAGGGUCCAGGAGAAGCCGAACCGGCCUGCGGCACGGGAUACGGACGGGAGGGGGCCGAGAGGGCCUCCUGAGGUGGCUGUGAAUCCAGACCAGCAAGAAGAUGCUCUGGAUGAGCAGUACCAAGAAGAGGGCGAGGAGGAGGCUCAGGAUGAAUUGAUGGCAAGCGAGAAGAGAGAGGAACAGGUGUUGGAAGAAGAAGACCAACCAUACAAUGAUGAAAGGGGACAUGCUAAUGUAAAACAGCAUGGCGGCUUAGAAAAACAACAGAGGGAUGACAGUAAAGUGGGAGCAGCCAACGAGGAGGAGGAGAACUAUGAGGAGGAAGAAGAGGAGGAUGUGGUGGAGGAGGAGGAAGGCGCACAUGACAAGCCACCCAAUCGCAGAGCAGAGAUGUGAGGGAGAUCUUCCAGCUCUACCUCUUUCCUCAGGCAUUUCCCAGAAUUCCGCCCACUCUUUAAAAGCAAAGAUAUUUUGUACUGGAAACCCACUUUAAUUCUGCUGGGAGAUAGAUUUAUAUAUUUCCUCUAUCUGGGAUUGGAACUAACCUUCCUCAAGGAAUGGAUUAAGGACACAUCUACAGAAAAGAAGGUUCUGUCUGUCUGAAUGUCCUGCCAAGAGAACACUAUUAUACAUGUCUUAUUGGUUGUGAAUUGUGUUAAACAAGAAAUCUUUGAUGGAGUAGAUUGAACAUUCCAUGUUGAAAAAAGGCCACUACUGUACACAUGUUUUUUUAUCAGAAGGGCUGAUAUAGAAUUUUAUAUGGUAAUUUACCAAGUUUUGUAUAUUUCCUUGCUUGUUUAUACAAUCACAUCUCCCACAGGCCUUGUACAUACAGGAGAAGCAAUUUGAAACUAGGAAAGCCACUGUUCAGCCAGAACAGCCUGGAACAUCUCUGUGCACCUUUAAGGAGAAGGGGCUGUUGCUACUGAACCUGGCUGGGUUCCCAUAGGAUUCAAAUGCACCCUUAGCUUUUCUGUUUGUAAUCACUCAUUUCAAGUGUGCAAACACACACACACACACACACACAUUUUCCAAGUGUAAAAAAUCUAAGCAACCUCCCUUGAUGAGGAAUUCCAUGACUGUGGUAUUUGGUACCAAAAAUAGUCCAGUAAUUCAGGAUUCAAGACACAUCAUGUGCUUGGAUUAAAUUCGAUUCGAGUGCAAUAAGCAUAGAAACCGUGAAGGACAGUUGCUAAAGUGCUGUAUGGCUCAUUAACCUGCUAGAGAUACAAGGAGACAAAUCCAAAUGGUAUUCUCUGCACCAUAUUUUGCCUGUGGUAGGAUGGGAGAAAGCAUUUGUCACAUUGUGCAAUGGGAGAAAAGGUUAUUUGACAGGCUACAUGCAAGCCUUCAGAAAACAAACCGGGGGGGGGAAAACACAAUGGGAAUGGGAAAACCUUGUUUUUUUUUCCUGGGCAACAUUUGGGAAUGUGGUCAGGCUGUGUCUGAGUGUACAGCAUCGUUGUUACUGAGGUCUUCAUGGCUUAAAGCUUUCUCCGGGCUCAACCCACAGCAAGUCCGUCAGGCCCCUGCCCAUGCUGGGCAUCUACUUUUAUUUUAACAGGCGAAACUUGUCAUAGGAGAAAUAUACUGACCUAAAUUUCAUUUAGAAAAAUUACUUUCAUUUUUUUGUUAUUGUGUACAAUAAGACGAUACUAUUGUGUGUCAUAAAGUAUUCUAUAAUUGUUUUGAAAGCAUUUUGUUUUUACGGAGAUAGUUUUUCAUUGUAUGAUUAAUUGUAAAGUGUACAUUCCCUAAAAUAUGCAAGACCUGUUAUUUAUUUUUUAGAAUACAGAGAUUAGAUUAUUUUAAUCUAUUGUCAUUGUAAUCCUAUACCAUUGCUCCGUAUAGUAUAUUUUUGUAUUCCCUUUUAUGGUCCAAGUGAUUUUCAGGUCACAUACACGCAAUCCGAUUCACAUAUAUCAACUGUAAUGUACUGUACAUAGAUAUACAAAUAUAUACAUUUGUACAUAUUUUAUUUGAACAACUGUGGACCUUCUUAAGUGUGUUUUGUACUGAGAAUGCAUAUUGCAUUGAUGAUGGUUGGUGGAAUUAAAAAUGUCACAGGGUA